AUGCUAUCCGAACUGUUGCCUCUGUUCUACCUGCUCAGCCCGGUUCUGAGCCAGGAUGCCCCAGCCGGAGCCACAGGUCGCCGCUUCGUUUGCAACGCCAUCCCGCCGGGCGCAGAACCCGGCUGCGGCUACGGUCCGACCGGCAACCGUUUGCAGACAAGCGGCCCAGCCGAGGACGAGCUGCGGAACACCAUCAUCCAACUCCGGGAGACCAUCCUGCAGCAGAAGGAGACCAUCGUCAGCCAACAGGGGACUAUCAAGGAGCUCAACUCUAAGCUGGCGCGCUGCGAGGCGGCGGCCGACGACUCGGUGCCGCCGGGCAAGUCGCGGGGGCAGGGUUCCAGGAGGAAGGACAACGGCAAGAACACUAUGGGGGACUUGCCCCGGGACCCCAGUGAAACCAUCAACCAGCUUGGCAAGACAAUGCAAAGUCUGAAGGGACGCCUGGAGAGCUUGGAGCAACAGAGUUUGCAACUCCCAAACACAAAUGCGUCAGCCGGAAGUGUUCCGGCCCUGACUCCUUUGCCACCGCAGCUUCGGGAGCUCCUGGGCCAGCGUCUGGGGGUUCUGGAGACGCAGCUCCUGCGAAAGGUGGCCGAGUUGGAGGAAGAGAAAAGCCAGCUUUACAACGAAACGGCGGCCCAUCGCCAACGCACUGAAAAUGUGCUGAAUUCACUCCUGGAGAGGAUCACAGAGCUGGAGAAAAACAACAAUGCCUUCAAGUCUCCUGAGGAUUUCAAGGUAUCCCUGUCCCUGCGCACCAACUACCUGUACGGGCGCAUCAAGAAGGCCCUCCCCGAAAUGUACGCCUUCACCGUGUGCAUGUGGCUCAAGUCUAGCGCCAGCCCCGGCAUCGGAACCCCCUUCUCGUACGGAGUGCCAGGCCAGGCUAACGAGAUUGUGCUUAUUGAAUGGGGGAACAACCCUAUUGAGUUGCUGGUUAACGAUAAGGUGGCCCAGCUUCCUCUUUCGGUGAGUGACGGGCGCUGGCACCACAUCUGUGUCACCUGGACUACCAGGGACGGCUUCUGGGAGGCCUACCAGGACGGCGAGCGACUCGGCACUGGGGACAACCUGGCCCCCUGGCACCCAAUUAAACCCGGCGGGGUGAUCAUUCUGGGUCAGGAGCAGGACAUCGUCGGAGGCCGUUUCGACGCCACCCAGGCCUUCGUGGGCGAGCUGAGCCAAUUCAACAUGUGGGACCGAGUACUCCGGCCCGUGGACAUCGUGGGCUUGGCCAACUGCUCGGCAUACAUGCCCGGCAACGUGGUCCCUUGGAUCGACGCCAACGUGGAAGUGUUCGGCGGAGCCACCAAAGCUCCUCUGGAGAUUUGUGAGGACCGCGCCUUUGAUUCUUAA